AUGUCGACGGUUAUGUCACUAUCAGAGUGGCAUAGGUUUGCGUGCAUGUCGUCCUCCGAAGAAGUAGGAAACUCUUUCGGGCAAAACUGUUUCUCUUCGGGAGCAAAGUUGUGGAGGAGGUUGGAAGUAUCUAGCAUCAUGAUAGUGAGUCUGAAAAACGUUGUUCUCGGUUACGGUUCGAAUAAAGCUGUGUUUGGAGUAUUUGCUGAUGGGCAAGAGAAAUCGUCCUGUCUCUCGCCGCAGUUCCAUUCUUUUAUACACCGAGCCUACUCUGCUUCAAACCGAACUCCUAUGAAACAGGAAUUAAACAAUGAUCUUUCCUUGUGA